AUGCCAUCUCUCAAACAACUCAGCUGCUCCAUCGAGCUAGGCAGCACGCACACCAAAGUACCCGAGUACGGUAAAGACUAUGGCGAUGGCCACGUAACCAGCUACAUUGCCGUGCCCAGCGAACAAGUAAACUUCAGCAUCCAUCUUACCUCACUCGGAUACAUUGCGCCUGGUCUUGCCAUGUUUGUUUACAUGGAUGGCCAGUAUCAGUGCAAUCGCAACAGAUGCGGACUCAAGGUUCCUGGCAAGGGCGUCAGAAAUGAGCAAGUUGAGGUUGAUCUGCGCGUCAGACAGAAGGAGUCGAAGCAGGCGGAUGGAAGUUUUCUGGGCAGAGACUGGACGUUUGCUGGAUUGAAUCUUGUGUCUGCCGACAAGGUUGAGGAGACUGACGAGGUGUUUCUCGAUAAUUUGGGCACCAUCGAAGUCAUCGUCUUGCGCUGCAAAGAUGCUCCCUUGCCACCACCCAGCGAACCUGCAAGCAGAGAGAAUUCCUCUAGAGCCACAAUCGAAAGCUCUUCUCGCCUUGCCAGCAAGCCAGUAUCCAAACACUCCACUACCUGCCAAGAACAAAAGGUGCCAUCCAAACCUCCUUCCUCGAGUCACAAACACAAAGAGCCCUCUACAAAAGACAAGGGGCCUUCCAAGCCAGCAUCCGCCAAACCCGCGACCGCCGAAGAAGGCUCCAUCGGUGGCUUAUUCGGCCUCUUCGACGGCGCCUCAGAUGAACGCGACCACGAUGGCAUCAAUCCCAAACCCUACUGGAACGACUGGAACAAACGCCCUUCAAUUCCCUCCUCCCGUCCUAUCAGGAACCUCUAUAUUGCACCUGAAGCACCGUUGCCUUUGGUGCCCAAGCAAGCCGCUCGUGCGAAACAUGUCGAGCACCAAGUCAAGACCGGCAAGGGAGCACAAUACCUGCAUCUCUGCGCACGUCCUGAAUACUUGGACAGUAUGAGGCAGCCGUAUGCAGUGUUUACCUUCAAAUACCGCAGCAAGAGAGUCAUUGAGAAGAAAUUCAAGAUUGAGAUCAAGGAAGAAGGCAAGGCUCUCAAGGCAAAGUUGGCAGACAUGUCAAGGGAGGAAUUGGCUGAGGAAGUGUUCAAGCUGAAGAUGGCGCAGGAGAGCAAGAAGCACCACAAAGAAAAGAAACUUUCUGCACACAAGCCCCAGGAGAUGCCUACCACGAGCCAGACUCCCUCCAAGCCACCCUCAAAAGCCGCCACCGCACCAGCACCUGUAUGGGACGCUCAACCUGCCCCUUCAAAGCAAGCCUCAAAGACAGCCUCCCAAAAGGCAAGAGAGGCACCAGGAUCCUACCCAGCCUCUGAGUCUACCCAUCACACUGCUACAGCUUCUGUCCAUCACACCUAUAGCGCAAAAAGUGCUACCAAGAUAUCUGCUUCCAGAAAGUCGAAAAAGGAAGAGGCUGCCGUUGCCGGAGCAGAGGCAAGCGCGGAUCAAGCUGCUGCUACCGGAGGAGAAGAAAGCUGGGAUCAACCACAACAGGAUGCUACUGCUUGGGAGAACGCCCCGGUGGGUGAUGCUACUUGGGGUGGAGGAGGAGCCCCUGCUGCUGACGUCAAUUGCUACGUGCUCAAAGCUAUUGCUUUCUUNCUUUUGCUCAAAUCAUGGAUCAUGGCUCCCUUUACUUGGGCCAAGGAUCCCUGGUUGAACUUGACCGACCUCGACUGGCUCUUUUCUCCUUUUGCUCGGGUGCUUGCUGGUAUCAAGAGGGUGUUUCUGGCAAUUGUGGAAUGUGGAUCUAAAGUCGUGGUUAGCAGACCCAGAUUUCCGGGACUGGAUGCUUGGAGCAUGGAGUGGUUCAAGAGACCUGAGUGGCUAGUUUGGCGUGAAGGCGUGCCAGAAGUUGCCAAGGAUGGUUUCGAUGUCUUUGUGCCUGAUGGCGUACACGCAGUCGAAGAAACUAUCGAGGAGAUCUAA